AUGAUCUUCGACUUUGAGAUGAGGAAAGCCACAGUGAAGUGGCUGGCAGAGUUUGACAACAUCCGUUACCGUGUCCCCGAGAAGGAGAAGCACGUGUGCUUUGUGCAAGUGGCCAUGUUGGAGUUCUCAGAGGAUCAGCGAUUGACAUUACUGGAGGAGUACAUGCAAAGUAUCCAUGGUGCCUUCUUCCGCUGGCCCUCGCUGGAUGCCUCUGAGAGUCGUUUGGAUGCCAUGCGUCGAGCAGUGCCUAUGUCCUUUGCUACACCGGCACUCAGUGGGCAGUGCUGCGCGAAGUGUGGGCAACAGUUCCAGUCGAGGAACGCCCUCUUCCGGCACCUCCGCAGCACAUCUUCCGCCUGCGCCUCGACACUGGCCCCGGCCCCGUCCGCAGAGCGCCGGGAGUCGCGGCUGCAAGUGGCGUUGGUGGUGUCGUACGUGGAGAAGCCUGAUGGAUGGGAAGAGCAGUUGGUGGCAGCCUCCUUGCGCGCCUUCCCGCUCCACCCACAGGAACCCAGACCUGCACCGCGAGUGACCUGGGCUUCGCCACCUCAGAGGGGCCCGGCCAAGGCAAAUGUGCUGGGGAUGCGACUGCCGAAGAAGGCGGAAGGGCUUGAAGGACCUGAGAUUUUGGAGAGGAUUGAGAGCCAUUUGCCUGUCUCAAGUGGGGUGGACUUGCUCGGUUGCGUGGAGGUACCAGCCACCUUCCACGCUGCACGCUCCUGUGAGAUCGAGCGCUUCGAAGCGCUUUUGCCCUGGUGGAUCCUGGGAGAAGCCUCCGAGCCUUUGGAGCCUUACUCUGCCAACGGAGUGCCCUUCGACCGCGCCUUGGCGCGCCGGGUGAAGUCGGGACUGCGACAACUACGUGCCGGAUGUCACUGGCAGAACUUCUGCGACCGGUCCCUCGGUCGCGGAGACCCUCCUAGUUUCUCCUUGAAUCGCCUCUCCUGCACUGUUGCAUUCCCGGGAUGGUGCCGCAUCGGCGUCUCUGUGCAGCGCACCCUCCCGGGCAUGGUGGACAGAUUGCUGGGUGCUUUGGUACUGUGGUGCCGCGGCGAUGUGGGCACCACCUUUCUUCAGGAGUCUUUGGCGCCCCGCUCCCGAAUUCUGGUGCCAAAGGUGCCCAAGUGUUGCUUCUACUUGCUGCAGCCACACAUGGCACGCUUUGAGCACAAGCAUGGGCUCCAAUUGACCAAUGACGGCUCUUGGAAGCCUCGGAUCUGCGAGGCGCUGGUUCCCUUGGAGCAGAUCUCCACGGAGCUACAGCAGCUGCGAACGGCCUGCAUAGUGAACCUUCGCCCUGAGAAGACUCAGGGGGGGCAUGUCCGGCUUCCCCAAUGCGAUAUGAUCCGGGAAACCGUCGACGGAAUCAUGGCGGAGGAUGCCUGGAGCCAGCAUCGGCGGCGCCGCCCGCAGAAGACUCGGAGAAAGACGACGAGACUGGACUGGAGAAGCGCUGAGGUCCGCCGCGAGCGGCGCUUGGAUGCACAGAACGGCCAUGACCUGGAGCGGGAGUCCGAGAGGCAGCUCGCGGUGGCCAGGGUGCGGCAGAAAGGUGUCCUCAACCUUUGGCGAGAGGCCUUGCUGUUCCACAAGGCAGCACUUUGGCAACAGGAGCGGCCACGUUUGGUCAUGGACAUCACCGGCCAGGCCACUGACUGUGCUAAAAGGAUGACGGGUCAUCGGUUACAUCAUAUAUAA